AUGGGUCCAAAAAAAGCUGAUAAUAUAAGUAAAACUCGAAGACUAUCACAAAAUGCUUUAACAACAACAGAAGAUCAUGAAAAUCAGCAAUGCGUCGGCAAAUUUUCGACUGAUUUGGAAUUUUGUUGCCGUGAACCAUCUUCAGGUUAUUCUACCAGUAUUCCGGUGUACAUUCGUGGUCAUCCACCACCUUCAUCACAAAUGCAUUCGGUUUCACAACAAUCAGGUACGCCUUCAGGAGUGUCUGCCACGCCAUCACUUGUUGUUGUUGGUGGUGCUGCUGCUGCUGCUGCUGCUGAAGAACAGGUACCAUCACAAGUCAAACGAUUAUCACGUGGAAGAAUUCCUUCUAUCAGUCAAAGUGGAAUUUUAGCCGGUAUCGACAAUGAUAACAAAUCGCUCAGUAUUCUAGGUCAAGACCCAACGAAAUCGUCCUCAUCAUAUUAUAAGACAUUUCAUCUCAUACGUGAUAGUGAGUUCUUUCGUCCCAAAUUAUUAGUAGAUUCAAUUGGGAAUGAAAAUGAACCAAUCGAUCAAAUAACUGCUCUUUAUAUGAGAGCAUGGCGACUCGAUCAACGUUUUAUUGAUAUUUUGAAAAAGAUACUUCCUUUACAAGAACAAUUGCAUACUCUCAAUUUCUGCUUCGUUGGCUUGAAUGAACAAACUAUGUUUGGAUUUGUAGAAGUUUGCCAAUUGAUCAAAAAUCUAAAAACUGUUUCACUCGAUGGAAAUCCAUUAGCUGCAAACUAUUUUCAUACAUUAAUUGAAAAAGAUGACUUAAAAAUUGCGAAUUUAUCUCUUCGUUUUUGUAAUAUAACAGAUAGAGGUGCAGAACGUCUUGCUCAUUCUCUUGGAAAUAUGUCAGUUCAAAAUUGGAAAUUAUUGACGUUAACUUUAACCGGUAAUCAAAUCGGUGAUGAUGGUGCAAAAUCAUUGGCAAAAGCAUUACGUUAUAAUCGCACAUUAAUUUCUUUGAAUCUUUCAUCGAAUUUUAUCACUGAUAAAGGUGCUUGUGUCAUUGCAUUAGCUCCAUCGCCAACUCUUUCAACUAUAUCAACAAAAAGUAGAUCGGGUCGUGAUAACCGUACUGAUUCAAAACGUCAAUCAGAUCCGAGUAAACGUCGUAAAUCCAUUUCAACAAAGCCUACAGAUAAACGCCAUCGAGCUGAAUCUGAUGAAAAUCAUCCAUCAUCAGAUAGUAAAAGUGAUCAAAAGAAAGGAAAAACAGAUGGCGUUACUGCUCGAUCAGCAUCAGUUAAUACUCGCCGUUCAUCAGGUGAACCAGGAAAAGCAGCUACAAAUGCUCGUAAAAAGAAAUUAGUACCGGGUGCCGGCAAUACAUCGAAGAAAAAUAUCUCAAUGGUUAAAGAAGAAGAUGAAGAUGCAAUUGACGAAUUACUUCCUAUUCCAAUGCAGAAUAUUGAACGUGAAAAUCCAAUAUUAGAACUGAAUGAAUUUGAAUCACGUAAUGGUGAAAUAAUUCUAAAAGGAAAUUUAGUUCUUUUAAAUUUGAAUCUAUCUCGAAAUUAUUUAACUUCAACCAGUGUUAAUGAAUUUCUUAUUUCAAUUCAAUAUCAAGCACGAUUUAUAAAUACUAAUGAUACACCACAUACUACAUCAACAUCUUCUGCAUCAGUAGAUUUUGCCGGUCUUUGUCGAUUGGAACUAAAAGGUAUGAAUGAUGUAUCAACAAAAUCUGCUAAUUAUCGAUCAUUGGAAACGCUUCUUACUCAAAGAAACCCAUCGACUCGUCUUCAACGAAUCAAAGACCGUGACGCAAAAGAAUUAAUGGAUCAACAACACCAAACUAUUCAAGUUUCGCAACAGAUUGUACCAGAAAAAACACGUGCUUCAUCGAGUACUAAAUCGACAAGUCAACGGCCAACAUCACGAUUGAAAGAUGGACAUUGA